GUGGUGUUAGUCUCUGUUCCUCUCAGUCAGGUGGAACUUAAAACCCUCUCCGUCUCCCUGCUGAGAUUUUACAACUUGUUUUAACCUGUCGGAAUGUGUGUGUCCUACUGAACUCUUUCAACUCGCCAUCUUCUGCAGGCCUCAUCAGGGAGAAAUGGAGAACGGAGGGUCUGAAAACAUCCUGGAUGACGAGGAGGCGCUGUGGGAGAAUGUCGAGAAGAACCGGUACAUCCUGUGCCGUUACAUUAACCCCAACAAGCUGACCUCCUAUCUAAGGCAGUGCAAGGUCAUUGACGAACAGGACGAGGACGAGGUGCUAAACUCCUUACUGCUGCAGACAAAGGCCACCCGUGCAGGUCGACUGCUGGACAUUCUUCACACUAAAGGCGAGCGAGGCUAUGUGGUAUUCUUGGAAAGUUUGGAGUUAUACUACCCUGACCUAUACAAGAUGGUGACAGGCAAAGAACCCACUCGGAGGUGCUCUUCUAUUGUUGUGGAGGAAGGCCCUGAGGGUCUGACCCAGUUCCUAAUGAACGAAGUGAUGAAGCUGCAACAACAGGCUAAGGCCAAAGAUGUGCAGCGCGUGGACAUCAUGGCCAAGUGCCGCACGCUAGAGGACGAACAGAAGAAGCUGCGUCUAGCCAACCAGGAGCUGCGCACCUUCCAGGAGCGCUAUAACAAGAUAAAGGAGGAACGGAACAACUGCAACGAUGAGCUCAUUAAAGUGAAGGAUGACAAUUACCAGCUGGCAAUGCGCUAUGCUCAGCUCAGCGAAGAGAAGAACAUGGCCAUCAUGAGGAGUCGAGACCUGCAGCUGGAGAUUGACCAGCUGAAGCACAAGCUGAACAAGGUGGAGGAGGAAUGCAAGAUGGAGAGGAAACAGUCUCUAAAACUGAAGAACGAUAUCGAGAACCGUCCUCGCAAAGAGCAGAUCUAUGAGCUAGAGCGAGAAAACGAAGUUCUGAAGAUCAAACUCCAGGAGCUACAGUCUCUCAUACAGCCUGGGCCACUGACGGAUUCAGACAAGGCCCUCCGGGACAUCCUGGAACACGACCGCCAGGAAGCUCUGGAGGAUCGGCAAGAGCUGGUGAACAGACUUUAUAACCUGCACGAAGAAUUGCGGCAGGCCGAGGAGCUCAGAGACAAGUAUCUCGAGGAGAAGGAGGACCUUGAGCUGAAAUGUUCCACUCUGGUGAAGGACUGUGAGAUGUAUAAGAACCGUAUGAAUACCAUCAUGUUCCAACUGGAGGAAGUGGAACGUGAACGGGACCAGGCAUUUCGAGCUAGAGACGAUGCCCAGAACCAGGUGUCUCAGUGUCUGAUUGACAAAGACAAGUACCGUAAGCAGAUACGGGAGCUGGAGGAGAGGAGCGAUGAGCUGCACAUCGAGAUAAUGCGUAAAGAAGCUAAGAUAGUCACAUUAGAGUCCAGACUAAGGCGCCUCUCCAAAGACCAAGGGGUGGAUCUUACCCAGAGUUUAUCUCGAGACAUUAUACCGGUGACCAAAUUUCUGAACAUUGAGCAUGCAGACAACAAGAUGGAGGGGCCGUCCGAGGACUCUGGGGAGGAGACUUCAGAGGACAUGUUCUUUUUCACACCCAGCACUGAAGUCCCACCAAAGAUUAAACGCAGACCAAAUCUCAAAGGGAUAAGAGCGAAAUCGCCAAUCUCUCCACCCAAAUUGUUGGAUUUCCAAGCUGCGCAUCAUACCAAUGGGGAGCUCUUAGAAAUCAUAAGCCCAGAUGCUCACUCCAUGUUGAUAAACUCCCCAUUCAGCACACAACAAGCCCGUAACAGAAACCACAGCAUCAUGUCCACAACAGCUGAGCCUCCAGAGAAGGCCUCCAUCCUCAGGAGGACUAAAGAAGGAGAUCAGGAAUUCCUGCCACGAUGCCUUGAUACGGUGGAUUCCGAUGGAGACAUAGAUGAUACAGACACAUACGGCCCACCCUCCAUCCACUCUUCUUCAUCCUCCCAUCAGUCAGAGGGUAUGGACUCUUAUGAUCUGGAGCAGGUCAACAACAUCUUCAGGAAAUUUUCACUAGAGAGACCAUUCCGUCCAUCUCUAACGUCCUGCGCUCGUCCUACCACUUUGCCCCCAGUGCAGGAGCUUUCUCUCAUCGGAGACUCUCUCUUGAAUGACAUUACUCUGGUUGGGGGCAAUGACAGCGGCAUAUUUGUUUCCUCUGUUCUUCCUGGCUCCAACGCUGAAAAGGCUGGCUUAAGAAUGGGACACCACCUCUUAUGGCUGAAUGGCUGUAUUCGGGGAGAAAGCCAAAGCUUACCUUUGGACACGUGCACUCAGGAAGAGGCUCACUGGACACUUCAGAGAUGCACUGGGCCUGUCCAGCUCCAUUACAGAAGUAACUUUGAGGGUUACAGGCGUCUGCAGAAGGACAUAGAGGAGGGCCGAGCAGUGUCGGGCGACUCGUUCUACAUCCGUGUCAACCUGAACAUCUCCGGCCAGUUAGACAGCUGCUCACUGAGCGUCCGGUGUGACGAAGUGCUCCAUGUUUUGGACACACGGUACCAGGGCAAGUGUGAGUGGCUGUGUGCGCGUGUAGACCCGUAUACCGACAAGGACCUGGAGAAGGGCACCAUCCCCAGCUACAGCAGGGCCCAGCAACUUCUCCUGGUGAAGAUCCAGAAGCUGAUGUGUCGUGGCAGCCGAGAAGAGACAGAUAGUCUGAGGGGACUUAGGAAUACGUUGCAGCCUGAGGAAGCUGCUCCAUCAGACCCUAAGUGCAGUCCACGCCUGUCCAGAGCCAGCAUCUUCAUCUGUCAGAUCCUGCAGUUUGUCAGCAGGGCAGAUAACAAGUACAAGAGGAUGGACAGCAAUGAUCGUGUGCGCAUCCUCAACGCUGGCAAUCUGUCAUCUCUUCCCAAAUCGGGCUUUGAAACCAUGAAGCCUGAGGGUCUGUUCUUAAAGGAAAAAAUGGCUGAAUCCGGCCGCUUUCGUAUUGUAGAUACAUCCGACUCGGAGAGCGAUCUGAACAAGAGCGAUCUAAACCUGAUCCCGUACAGUCCGGUGACGCCACAUCACUGCCCACGCAAACGCCCCGUGCUCUUCUCUCCCAACAUCCUGGCCAAAACCAUCGUCCAGAAGUUCCUCAACUCUGGAGGAGCCAUGGAGUUCAACAUCUGCAAGCCAGACAUCCUGACAAAAGAGGAGUUCCUUAUGAAGCAGAAGAUAGAGCCUAUAAUCUUCUCAAAGGAAAGGCAGGCGAGCACGUACGAGUGCAUCACCCCUGAGAACAUCGAAGCUGUCGCCUUUAAGAGUAAACACUGUCUCCUGGAAGCAGAUCUGAGCUGUGCAAAAGAGUUGCUCAGGAGAGAAAUCUACCCCAUCGUUAUCUUCAUCAAGAUCUGCGACAGGAACAUCAAGAAAUUUAAGAGGCUGCUUCUGAAGGUGGACUCCUUCCCUCAGGAGGAGGAUUUCCUGAAGAUGUGCCGUGCUAAGGAGAAAGAGCUGGAAGCCCUGCCGUGUCUCUAUGCCACCGUGGAACCCGACUCCUGGAGCGGGGUGGAGGAGCUCCUCAGGCUCAUUAAGGACAAGAUCCUGGAAGAGCAGAAGAAAACGGUGUGGGUGGAGCAAGAUCUGCUGUAGAUCACCUGACCUUGAGAACAGACAGACAAGCACAGACAGUGCAGGUUACACCGAUCUCUGAAACUCUGUCAGCGCUUGUGGCGCAGCUGGAACGUAUACGCAAAGCCACUGCAAAGAGGAAGUGAUGCAGAGGUAUGUGGUUCCUGUGCAGUGAAAAAGAAAAUGCGCCUAAGGAAAGACAGCCUUUUCUGACAACAGUCCCAGCUACACGUGGACGCGUUCUCAAUCGAAGCCUUUUUUUUUUUUUUUUUUUUUUUUUAAAAUAUCAUUCGUUCUCCAAAUGUGCUGCUGUGGUCAAUAAAACAUUAUUUUGCUCACGUUCUAUCUGUAAUACCCAAUAAGGCACAGCCCAUUGCAUUUUGUUGGAUUCCUUCCACAAUUUUUUCCCCUUGCAAAUGCUCGCUGCAGUUCUCAUUUAUCAUCCUGAGUGACCACAAACAAGAUGAAUGUUGAUAAUUCUAAAGCGAAUUUGAUGCCCUUAUCAUUGCAUUGCUUAAAUGAUGGACCAGAGCUCUGAUUUAUUUCACUCCAUCUUCGUGCUGUCAGUAUAUUUAUUUUAUACCCAACAUGCAGUGCAUUAUUUAAAAGAAAGGCCGUGUUGUUUCCUCCGCUGUAGUGUGUACAGGUUAUGUGUGGGUGGAUGACUUGUCUUUGCUUGUUUUAGGUUCGACGCAUAGGUGUGCAUGCUGUAUAGUAACUAGCGCACUCGAAAAAAACCAUGCAGCAUUAAGUUUGACUGAAUAAUUGUGUGAGUGAUUUGAAUAUUACGUGAAGACGUUUCUUCUAGAGCUAUAACUCGUCGAGCAGUUCUACAAGUCGCAUGCAAAGAAAAAAGAAAAAGGGAACUGUCACCUAGAAGUUCUUCGCCUGUUUGCCUCUGAAUGCCAAAUGCGCUUUUUUCUGCUGUGAAAAUAAGGGGUGUGGCACCGUUGCCCCAAGCCUCAAGGUUGACAUAUAAUCCUGUUGAUAACUUUCAUAUCAUCACAAACUUGUGCAUAAUUGCAAAUGUGUUUUUUUGACGGCAAGACACUACAGGUACUCACGUCAAUCAUGUACAACUGUAUAAGAUGUCUUCUUUUAAACUGGAACAAUAAAAAAAUCCAAACUCAUCCGAAAAGUUCAAACUAAGCCACUCUGAAGAACUCUUAAGCUCCACCCACUCGGUACAAUCACGUCAUAUCCAUAUGCAUCCCGGAAAAGCUUGUUUUGUGAAAUAUGGGCGUCAACAGCCAUAACAUUAAAACCACCUGCCUAAUACUGUGUAGCUCUGACCUGUCGAGGCAUGGACUCUACAAGACCUCUCAAGGUGUUCUGUGGAUGCUAGCAGCAGAUCCUUUAAGUCCUGUAAAUUGCGAGGUGGGGCCUUCAUGGAUCAGACUUGUUUGUCCAGCACGUCCUACAGACGCUUGAUCGGACUGAGAUCUGGGGAAUUUGGAGGCCGAGUCAACACCUUGAACUCUUUGUCAUGUUCCUCAAACCGUUCCUGAACAAUUUUUGCAGUGUGGCAAGGCGCAUUAUUUUGCUGAAAGAAUCUGCUGUCAUUAGGGAAUACCGCAGUCAUGAAGGGAUGUACUUGGUCUGAAACAAUGUUUACGUAGGUGGUACGUGUCUAAAUAACAUCAACAUGAACGCCAGGACCCAAGGUUUCCCAGCAGAACAUUUCCCAGAGCAUCACACUGCCAACGCCAGCUUGCCUUCUUCCCAUAGUGCAUCCUGAUGCACUGUGUGUUCUGACACCUUUCUGUCAGAGCCAGCAUGAACUUUUUCAGCAAUUUGUGCUACAGUAGCUCUCCUGUUGGAUCGGACCAGAUGGGCUAGCCUUCGCUCCCCAUGCGUGUCAAUGAGCCUCAGGCGUCCACGACCCUGUUGCCGGUUCACCGGUUGUUCUUCCUUGGACCACUUUUGGUAGGUAUUAACCACUGCCUAGCAGGAACACCCCACAAGACCUGCAAUUCUGGAACAAGAUUAUCAUUGUUAUUCACUUCACCUGUCUGUGGUUUUAAUGUUAUGGCAGAUCGGUGUAUGUCAGUUUAUGUGUCAUUAUGACAUACGUCUGAAAUUUCUUUAUAAACCUUACACACCCUGCCGACUCGAGUGUAUUUUUAAAACCGUCUUUCUCAAAGUCGUAUUUUCUACAGUUAAUCUCUGUUUUCAGACAAGCUGCACUCUUCAUUUCGUUCCCUAAUUCGAAGAACAUUAGAAAGGAAAAACACUGAAAAAUGGCUUUUAUUUUCUUGAUUAAAUAAUUUAAAAACGAUUAAUUCCAAGUCGUCCUCUUGGGAGUGUCUUCGCAGCCAAGUAAAUAUUUAAAUUCCAACAACAUCAAAAGGCUAGAUUUUUUGUUUUAUCAAGUAUGCAAAUGUAUGCAUCUUUAAUUAUGCAAAUCCUAAUUGGCAUAAAUAAAUGUACUUUUUCUUUUAAUUUCCUUUACAAAAAAUAAUUCAGUAAUCAGCUGGCAAAGGUUGAUUGUGAAAUCAAUUCUUUUGUUGUUGUUGUUGUUGUUUUUUAAAUCACCUGUAGUGUCUUGCCUUAAAUGAAUGUAUAUGUCUGUGUUUAACUAUAUUUAUUACAAGUACAGUCAAAAAGUUCAGAAUUUAUUAUUAUAGAGACUGUGUUAACUAUAUUAAAGAUUGUGUAAACCUUUUUGUGAAAUCUCUUGUCCAGUCGCAGUUGAAGCAUAGAUGUCUGUAAGAUAAGUUCCACACAAAUGUACUUUAUAUCAGAUAUAUAACCGUAUGUUUUAUUUUACAUUAAACGUGUUUUGAAAGAACAGCCCUAUUUCCUGUAAUGCCACUGUUUGCUUUCUGAAUAAGUCUAGCACUUGUUUUGGCCAACUCUUCUGAAGCUUUGCCAACUCGCACUUUCACUGAGCUGUAAAUGUACUGAAAUAGUGCACUUAAUUUUUUUUUUUUUCCAAAAGACAAGAAAUCUUAAACAGAGCAUGUCACGAGUCGAGCAGUGGAAAUUUCAGUUGGUUGCUGGCUGCGACUGACAGGUCGGAGCCGUCUGUGGUGGCGGUGGUUCCUUUCAGAGCAGCGUCACCGAAGACGAAAGCUCUUACGGUAAAGCCGAGUUUCCACUGCGGCUGGAAAUAUCAGUCUGCAAAGCUCCUGGAUCUCCUUAUUUACCAAAACACAUAAGCAUGCACUCGAGACUUGUCAUUUUUUCUCCUGGCUUUACAUUGAAAAUGAUUCAUGAGUGUGUUGGAGUGUUCUGGCUCGCUGGUGCCCUGUAACAUGAACCUGAGAGAAUGUAAAAAUCAUCUUUGUGUUCAUCUUCAUGACUCUUUUUUUUUUGUUGUUGUUUGUUUUGCAUAGUGGAAAUUCCUGUUUACUCUCUGGUAAAUAGACAGCAUGAUUAUGUGCCGUUUGCUCUGAUCAAACCAUACAAGGGAAGGAGGACAGCAGAGGUGUGAAUAUCGAGCUUGCACAACUGCACACAUGCUAAGACUUUCUAAGGUGGUGUUUCAGAGGGUAGCUGCAUGAAUUACACACUAUUAACACUGUGGGGUUUUGUAUUUGUACGUUUUGGGCAAUAUAUACAUAUCUUAUUUCUUUAUUGUGUUGCUUUUCAUCUUAGAUUGAUAUAAAUAAUAAUGUUUCAUUUAUAUAGCGCUGCCACAUAAGUGUGAGUUUACAAACUGUGCACUCAGACACACACACACACACACACACUUUCAGGAGUUCAGGAGAAUCAGAAUAGUGUUAUGAUUAUAACUCACUGAAAUGCAUUGCGCAAGUAUUGACUUGCUGCCCUGAAUAUCUCUUAGUGCUGCUAGAUCAGUCUAUCUCUCCAGCUUACUAGAAGAAAACAAAAAAACUCCUAGAUUUCUGUUCAGCACGGUAUCUAAAUGAACUAGGAUGAAGUCCACCACAGUAACAGGCACACAGUCAUUAUAUGGUAGCGAAGAUCUCAUGAUUUUUUCAUUGCUAAAGUUGAAAAUAUUAGAUGUGAAAUUCAGACUAUUAAAUUAAAAGCAGACAGUUUUAUAACUAACCCUGUAGAUGAUAAUAUCGCAAUAUCUGAUCAACGAUUAGAAUGUUUCACUCCCCUUAGAGAGACCGAACUAGCUUCAUUAGUCUCUUCAGCAAAAUCAUCAACUUGUAUACUAGAUCUCUUACCUACAUGUUUCUUCAAACAGAUUAUUCCAGGAGUAAUUGAACCCCUUCUAAAAAUAAUCAAUCCUUCCCUUAGCACUAGGUAUGUACCUAAAAUCAUUGAAACUAGCAGUUGUUAAACCCUUGAUUUAAAGACUUGACCUCGACCCCUGUCAGCUGUCUAGCUAUAGACCGAUAUCAAAUCUCCCCUUUAUCUCCAAGAUAUUAGAAAAGAUUGUAAGACAGCAACUAUGCUCGUACCUAUAUAGGAACAACAUUCAUGAAAUGUAUCAGUCAGGAUUCCAGCCUCAUCAUAGCACAGAGACAGCGCUGGUUAAAGUAGUAAAUGACCAUCUACUGGCCUCUGAUCAGGGUUGUGUCUUCUUGCUUGUGUUACUUGAACUUAGUGCAGCUUUUGACACUAUAGCUCAUACUAUUCUCCUUGAUAGAUUAGAAAACGUUGUUGGCAUUAAGGGAACAGUCCUCUCCUGGCUCAGGUCUUAUUUGACCGAUCGCGAUCAGUUCAUAUAUGUAAAUGGCGACUUCUCCAUGCAUACCGAGGUAACGUUUGGUGUUCCACUAGUUCUGUUUUCGGCCCACUGCUUUUUACUUUAUAUGUGCUACCUCUGGGUCAAAUUAUUCGUAAACAUGGAAUUCCACUGUUAUGCUGAUGAUAUACAGCUAUAUUGUCAUAUCACAGCAAACCAGUGGCUACAUUUCCCAUCCUGCACUGCGGCCUACAAACAAGGCUGCCAUGGACUACACUUCCCACACACACACACACACACACACACACACACACACACACACACACACACACGUUCACCUUCUCCGGAAUUCUAAUCACACACACCUGUUGCCAAUCUCACACUCACUCACUCACUCCAUGCUAUAAAAGAGACUUUUUGAACACCAUGACCACCACUGUACCGUGUGAUAUUACCCUGUUCCUCGUUUUGUUUCAUGGUUCUUGAUCUUAUUCUCGUUUCUCCUUCUCUUCCUGCUUGCCCUGUUUAUCGCCUGACCCUUUGCCUGUUUCUUGACCUCGCUAUUGUCUCGUGUUUUGGAUUUGUCUGCCUGUCUAUCUCUCAUUAAACUCUUAUCUGCAUUUGCAUCCGUCCUCACUUCAUUACGAGGAAUAUGUGACAUAUAUGUUUCAGAAAAGCCAGACAACACACAGCCGCUGCAUAAAGUUGAGGAAUGUGAAAAGGACAUUAGACGUUGGAUGCUUUUUAACUUCCUUCUACUUAAAUCUGAUAAGACAGAAGUACUUGGACUAGGACCACAUGCAGCUAGAAGUAAGCUUUCUGAUUACAUAAUAAGUCUGGAUGGCCUUUCCGUUUCAUCAUGCACAGCAGUAAAAGACCUCGGAGUGAUUAAUGACUCCAGUCUUUCAUUUGAUGCUCAUGUAGAUAAUAUUACUAGGACAGCCUUCUUUCAUCUCAGAAAUAUUGCUAAGAUAAGAAAUAUAAUGUCACUACAUAAUGCAGAAAUAUUAAUCCAUGCUUUCUUCACCUCUAGACUAGAUUACUGUAAUGCCUUACUGUCUGGUUCUUCCAGUAGAAGCAUAAACAAGCUCCAGUUAGUCCAGAAUGCAGCUGCAAGAGUCCUAACUAGAACCAGAAGAUACUGCCACAUCACCCCGAUCUUAUCAACACUGUGUUGGCUCCCAGUGAAAUCUCGCAUUGAUUAUAAAAUACUAUUAUUGACUUAUAAAGUACUAAAGGGUCUCGCGCCACAGUACCUGAGCGAAAUUUUGGUUUUCUAUGAUCUACCACGCCUACUUAGAUCAAAAGGUGCAGGCUAUUUGUUAGUACCUCGAAUAGUGAAGGCUACAGCAGGGGGAAGAGCUUUCUCUUACAAAGCCCCACAGUUAUAGAACAGCAUUCCAAUUAGUGUUCAGGACUCAGACACAGUCUCAGUGUUCAAGUCUAGUCUGAAAACAUAUUUGUUUACUCAAGCUUACCAUGAGUAGACUUACACAAAGUACGCAGUCUUAUAAAUCACGGGAUAGUAAGCAUACCUAAUAAUCUCUCCCUCUCUUUACCUCCCUCUCCCUCUCUCCUUUUGUUGAGCCACACAUGAUUUUAUGGAGGUGCCAGUGAUCCUGACACUUUCUGCUCUCCAGACCUGCCUGAUCCAUCCUGAUGCCCUACCUCUGGAUGGAGCACUCAUCAACUGGAGGCUACAUUCAGCUACUGAGGACAUCCCCAAACAGUGCAGCCUGCAGACUGCUGAGGAUGGUGCCACUUGAAGUACCAUGGAAAUGGUUUUGGACCUCAAUUUCACAUGAACAAUUGCACUAUGAUGCUGGGACUAUGGUUGCUGCUAUGGCAUUAGGAUUGCAAUUACCGCAUACAAGUUUGCACUCAGGUCUCCUUUAGUGAACAGUGGACUAGUUCAAUAAACAGACUUCACAUAAAAACCAUAAUGAACUUUCCUUUACUUUCACACUUUCCGUUGUUACCCCAGACGAGGACGGGUUCCCUUUCUGAGUCUGGUUCCUCUCAAGGUUUCUUCCUCAUAUCAUCUUAGGGAGUUUUUCCUCGCCACCAAUAGGGAUAAAUUCACACACUUAAAAUCUGUAUCCUGUGUUUAUAUGUUUCUCUAAAGCUGCUUUGAGACAAUGUCCAUGGUAAAAAGCGCUAUACAAAUAAAAUUGAAUGGAAAUUGAA